AUGGAUUUUUCUCUUGGUUAUAGCCCUAAAGUUGAUGCUCCACCUGAAAGGGAGCGUUUGGUAUGUUGGCUUCAUAAGUCUAUCUAUGGGCUUAAACAGGCUUCUAGGCAAUGGUUUUCUAAAUUCUCAUAUGCCGUUAUUGAAUAUGGAUUUCUUCAAUCAAAAUCUAACUAUUCCUUGUUUACCAAAUGUGUUGGGUCUUCCUUUGUGGCCUUACUUGUCUAUGUUGAUGAUAUAAUCAUCACGGGUUCCGAUGUUGUUGCCAUAGCCUCUCUCAAGUCUUUUCUUCAUAGCAAGUUCAAACUUAAGGAUUUAGGCCGAUUAAGGUACUUUCUUAGUCUUGAGAUUGCACGGUCUACUAAGGGUAUCUUUUUCUCCCAGCGGCAUUAUGCUUUACAGCUACUUGAAGACACGGGUUUCUUGUCUAGUAAACUAGCUAUUGUUCCCAUGAUUUCUAAUAUCCGGUUAAGUUCAGAUGAGGGUCCUUUACUUGAGGAUGUGUCUGCCUAUCGGCGGCUUAUUGUGAGACUUCUAUACUUAACCAUUUCUCGGCCAGACAUUACAUUUGUUAUCCAUAAGCUUAGUCAAUAUGUUUCUAAGCCCAAGAAGCCUCAUCUUGAUGUUGUUCAUCAUUUGUUGCCAUACAUUAAAGCCUCUCCAAGGCAAGGUCUUUUUCUUUCUGCUAUUUCUUCCUUACAACUUCGAGCAUUUUCUGAUGCUGAUUGGGCAUCUUGCUCGGGCACUCGAAGAUCUGUUACUAGUUUUAGUGUCUUUCUUGGUGACUCGUUAAUCUCUUGGAAGGUUAAGAAGCAAUCCACUAUGUCUCAGUCUUCUGCUGAAACUGAGUAUCGUGCUCUUGCUUCUACUAUUAGUGAGAUUCAAAACUAUUUAUCAGCAAGAGACAAUAAUGGGCAUGGAACUCACACAGCAUCCACUGUCGGGGGCCGCAGCAUACCAAACACUUCAGCACUUGGCGGUUUUGCCAAUGGAGUAGCCACCGGAGGGGAUCCACUUGUUCGUCUCGCCAUAUACAAAGUUUGUUGGAACAUCCCAAUCAGAGGAGGGCACCACCUGCCGAGACGACGACGUGCUUGCUGCCAUAUGGACGACGCCAUUGCAGAUGGUGUGCAAGUGAUCAGUAUCUCCCUCGGUGGAGGCAGUGCCCGCGCAUAUGAUGAAGAUGCGAUUGCAAUGGGAGCACUGAAUGCCGUGGAGCGUAACAUUGUGUGGUGGUUUGCAGAGCUGGAAAUUCUGGGCUUACCCCUUCAGCAGUCUCUAAUCACGGUUGCGGCAAGUCGUCCGUUUUGA